AUGUCUGACGACAAUACUCGCCGCCACUGGCACGGAAGCCCCGGCGAUCGUCACGAGCAUCUCAAUGUCUGGAUGCAAGGUGGAGCAAAGAGCCCUAGUGGUCGUGCUGCGUGGGCAAUGCCUAACACGGGAGAUAGGAGAGACUCCGACACCUCUACCUCUACCUCCUCAACUGGAACCAAACAAAGCGAAGGCACCUCGUCUAAUCCUCCAAGCCUAGGUGAGCGUCGUCGCUCUAGCGGCGGCUCUUCCGCUGGCCUUUUCUCGAACCUGCACACACAGAAGCGUGACUCUACAAACCCGGAUAUGGCAAGCCGCCGUGCAAGCUGGAAUGAGCAGGCUGCUAAGGGGGGCAUGUUCUCCCAGUGGUGGGAUGGAUACACCCGGGGCAGUGGCAGCAAGUAG